AUGGAACCAUCCAAGGUCGAUGUGCUCAUUGUCGGCGCCGGUCCUGCUGGUCUUAUGCUGUCUCUUUGGAUGGCUAAGCUGGGCAUCAAGACUAGAGUAGUAGACAAACGAACAGGCAAAAUUGUCUCUGGCCAAGCCGAUGGCUUUCAGUGUCGUACCCUAGAAAUUUUUGACAGCUUCGGAAUUGGCCAGAAGGUAUGGCAGGAGUCGAAUCACAUGCUAGAGGUCAGCUUUUGGAACCCUGGCGAAGAUGGCAAGAUUCGACGCCACCAUCGUGGCCCAAACACUCAGCCGAAUCUCUCGCGAUUCACCGAGUCUGUGUUACAGCAAGGCAGGGUUGAAAGCUUCCUCAUUGAUACGAUAAGAGCAUCUGCCUCCCCAAAACACCCACUUAUUGAGAUUGAGCGGAGUGUUAUGCCGACAACACUGAGUAUUGACGAGAGCUGUGUGAACGAUGAAGACGCAUAUCCUGUGGAGGUUACGUUGCGGCACCUGACUGAGGAAGAAGCUACUCCGACGCAGAGGCUAAGCAAUUUGCAAGAUGGGCUGUACAGAAGCAAUCUGGCUGAGGAUGAUACAGAGAAGCUUAUUGCAAAUACUUCGGGAGUUAGAGAGGAAAAGGUGCAGGCCAAGUACGUGGUGGGAUGUGAUGGAGCGCAUUCAUGGGUAAGGAAGACACUGGGUGAAGGAUUUGAGAUGAAGGGCGAAUCGACCGAUGCUAUCUGGGGAGUGUUGGAUAUCAUCCCCAUCACAGACUUCCCGGACAUCAGAAGCAGAUGCAUGAUCCAUAGUGCCGAGUUCGGAGCCAUGAUGGUCAUUCCGAGAGAAAACAAGCUUGUUCGAGUGUACACGCAGCUCAAGGAAGUAUCCACAGGCACUGGCCGAGUCGACAGAUCACAAAUCACCCCCGAGCUAAUCUUGCAAACGGCGAGGAAGAUUCUGAGUCCCUAUACCCUUGACUACCACUACAUUGACUGGUGGACCGCAUAUCAAAUUGGACAGCGAGUCGGCGAUCGUUUUAGCAAACACAAUCGCAUUUUCCUUGCAGGAGAUGCGGUGCACACGCACUCUCCCAAAGCCGGCCAGGGUAUGAACGUCUCGAUGGGAGACACGUAUAAUCUCGGAUGGAAGCUAGGCCUCGUCUGCAAGAAGCUGCUGCGGCCAGAAGUCCUCGAUACCUACGAGUUGGAGCGGAGGCAGAUUGCCAGGCAACUCAUUGCGUUUGAUCACAAGUUCUCUAGAUUGUUCUCGGGACGGCCUGCCACAGAUGGCUCUGGCGAGGGAUCAUCCAUGAGCGAAUUCCAGGAGGCAUUCCGGGAAGCACAAUUGUUUAUAACGGGCGUGGGUAUCCGCUACCAACCCAGUCUGCUCGUUUGCAAGGAAAACGACGACACUGGAGACUUGGGAGGAGGCCUUCAGGCUGAGACAGCGCCCCAGAGCUCGGCAGCAAGCACAGCCGGGCUGGCUACGAACUGCAGGCCGGGCACACGAUUUGCAUCGCAAAAAGUCAUGGCCCAGUCCGACGCUCGGCCAUGGGAGCUCCAGCUGCAGAUGCCGUCGGAUGGACGCUUCCGCAUUGUCGUGUUCGGUGGUGACAUCUCGCAAGCCAAGCAGCUGGCUACGGUCAACGAGCUCGGCGCCUGGCUCCAGGCCAAUCUGCUGUCGCCAGCAAAGUCGCCGCGCAUCAGCCUCGCCCCCGGUCCGGACCCGCGGGGAGGAUCAGGCUCCUCGCAGUGGAUGACGGAUCAGGAUCCGUCCAUUGUAGACGUCCUGCUGGUGCAUGCGGCGUCGCGAGAGCAGAUUGAGCUGCUGCAGGACUUGCACCCGGUUUACCAUCCCUUUGACAAGAAGCUCGGGUGGGACUAUGGCAAGGUGUUUGUCGAUGGCCAGACCCAUCAUGAAGGCCACGGCAGGGCGUAUGAGCGCUAUGGCGUCGAUCCAGCCCGCGGAGCCAUUGUUGCGGUGCGCCCCGACGGCUACAUCGGGCUUGUAACGGCGCUGCAGGGAGAAGAUGGCUGGAAGCAGCUGCAGGCGUGGUUUGGAGGACUGUUGAGGUCGGUCUAA